AUGCCUUCCAUGCCAAAAGGUAUUCUCAAGACCGGUCAGACGGAGAAGAUUGACCUGAAGAAUGAAGCCCUCUUCAACACCAAGGGCUACAUCGAUGGUUCGUGGGUGUCUGCCAAGUCGGGAAAGACUUUUGAAGUCUUCAACAAGGCCACGCACGCCAAGUUGGCCGAUGUGCCUGACAUGGGCAAAGAGGACACCGCAGCCGCCAUCCAAGCCGCCUCUGCAGCUUUUCCCGAUUGGAGCUCCAAGACGGCCAAGGAGCGCUCGCAGCUGCUGACCAAACUCUUCUUGGCGCUAGAGGAGAAUGCUUUGGACUUGGCUCACAUCAUCGUGGCUGAGAACGGCAAGUCUCUCACGGAAGCCAAAGGAGAGAUUGGCUACUCCAACAGCUUCAUCGACUGGUUCGCCGGAGAGGCUCAGCGCGCUUAUGGUCACACUGUCGCUCCUACGUUACCCGGUGUCCGCCAGAACAUCAUCCUGCGCAAGCCUGUAGGUGUAGUUGGCCUGAUCACGCCUUGGAAUUUCCCCGCCGCAAUGGUGAGUAUGUAUGCUCUUGAUCAGUCGUUCUCAGCUAGUCCGUUUACCACGACAUGCCUUGCCUGCGCUCUGCGUCACCUGUAGGUCACUCGCAAACUUGGUCCGGCGCUUGCAGCGGGCUGCACCAUGGUCAUCAAAGCACCAGCCGAGACGCCCUUCUCUUCGCUAGCUUUUGGUCACCUGUGUGAGAAGGUCGGCAUUCCCAAGGGUGUGGUCAACAUUGUGACUUGCGCCAAGGGAGAGACGGAGGCUGCGGUCGGCAAGGAGCUUUGCGAGAACGACAUCGUCCGCAAGCUCAGCUUCACCGGGUCCACCCGCGUCGGCAAGCUGCUCAUGAAACAAAGCGCCGACUCUCUCAAGAAGCUGAGCAUGGAACUGUGAGUGCUCGGCUACCGCGACCAUUGAAGCAUGUUGCUGAUCGAUGAGAAUCCUCUCUCAGCGGUGGCAAUGCUCCUUUCAUCGUCUUUGACGACGCAGAUCUAGACAAGGCUGUUGUAAGUGCAUAGUGUCUGUUGACGGAAUCGACGUGAGAGUUUUGACCUGGACAGUCUCCCUUCUUCCUUCAUCACAGGCUGGGGCAAUGGCUUGCAAGUUUCGUGGCUCUGGACAGACCUGCAUCUGCGCUAAUCGCAUCUGUGAGUCGGGUGCUCUAACCUUUGGCGUGCUCGUCGGCCUGUGAACUCACUUCGCUCUCUUGCUGAACACGACUAUCGCAGAUGUCCACGAGUCUGUAUAUUCCGAAUUUGCCAAGCGAUUCGCCGCCAAGGUUGAUGAGCUCAAGUUUGGCUACGGCAUGGAUGAGGGCGUGACGCACGGUCCCCUUGUGAACCAAGCUGGAGUGGACAAGGUGCAACAGCACGUCGACAAGAGCGUUAGCGCUGGUGCCAAAGUGCUGGUCGGCGGCAAAAAGGGAGAGGGAUUCUUCUUCGAAGCUACUGUGCUCACCGACAUGCCCGAAAACUGCGUGAGCAUGGCUCUGCUACAUUCCUACACAAAGCAUCCAUAAUACUGAUGCUACCUUGCUCUUGCUUAUCCAGCCUAUGGAUACCGAAGAGACCUUUGGACCACUCGCCGCCUUGUACAAGUUCACUAGCGAGGAAGAUGUUAUUAGGAAGUGCAACAACGUUCCCGUUGGUCUGGCAGGCUACUUCUACAGCCAAGACGUUUCUCGCUGCUGGCGUGUCGCGGACGCUCUUCAGACCGGGAUGGUAGGCAUCAACUGCCCUCUCAUCUCUCAAGCUGUCGUACCUUUUGGAGGCAUCAAGCACAGUGGCUUUGGUGUUGAAGGGGGAAAGGUGAGUAGGAUGGCAGCAUUCACGCCUGCUUGGCGUCAGUCGGCUGCUAGGCUCACAUAUUCUUUUCGUGUAACGCAGGAUGGUAUCAACGAAUACUUGGUCAACAAGCUCACCGUCUGGGGCGCCUAG